CCGGACGCGCGAGCGGGAUGCCCGGAUUUAAAGGGGGCGCCGCGGCUGCUGAGGGGAGGGGGCGAAGCCCAGCAUCCAGUCGAGCUCAGAAAACUGCAUGCAUUUUCUUCUCAAGGCGCGUCCGCUGCAGCUAGCCAGGGCCCUGGGCAGAAGUGAGAACUCGAUCGCUCAGGCUCAGCCGGUCCUUCUCUGCUCCCGAAAGGCCGGCGCCUUCCACGGGCGGCUGUGGGAAAGCCCUCCCCUGCCUUUGGCUGGCCAGUGGCGCUGGCCGCGGGCCGGUGGCUUUGCUCUUCCAGCGCCUUGGCGCCUCUCGCUUCUCAAGCCCCUGCGCCCAGCCUCCGAGAUGGCGGAGCAGCGUUACUGCGUGGACUACGCCAAGCGCGGCACGGCCGGCUGCAAGAAAUGCAAAGAGAAGAUCCUCAAGGGGAUGGUCCGUAUCGGCAAAGUCGUGCCCAACCCGUUCACGGAGUCCGGCGGGGACAUGAAGGAGUGGUACCACGUCAAGUGCAUGUUCGAGAAGCUGGAGAGGGCGCGGGCCACGACGAAGAAGAUUGAGGACCUCACGGACCUGGAGGGUUGGGAGGAGCUGCAGGACGGCGAGAAGGAGAUGAUAAACCAGCACAUCUCGGACCUUACCUCCAAAGCUGUGAGCACGCCGAAGAAGAAGGCUGUGGUCCAAGCGAAGCUUUCUACCAGCGGACAAAUAACUUCUCCCAAGAAAAUACCUGGGGCUUCUUCGGAUCCAUCCCCAAAGAAAUUUUCAGGUUUCACAGCGAAGCCGGGCAGUUCGGAAGACGCGGCGCCCGGCUCUUCCCAGAAGCCGAGCCUCUCCGCCGAGAAGAGCGACCUGAAGCACAAGGACUGCUUGCUGCGGGAAUUCCGGAAGCUUUGCGCCAUGGUGGCCGACAAGCCCAGUUACAACGUCAAAACCCAGAUUAUCCAGGACUUUCUGCAGAAGGGAACCAGCGGAGACGGCUUUCGGGGGGAUCUCUACCUGACCGUGAAGCUGCUGUUGCCAGGAGUCAUUAAGAGCGUCUAUAACUUGAACGACAAGCAGAUUGUCAAGCUCUUUAGCAGGAUAUUCAACUGCAGCCAGGAAGACAUGGUCCGGGACCUGGAGCAGGGUGACGUUUCUGAAACGGUGCGGAUCUUUUUUGAGCAAAGCCAGUGCUGUCCUCCCGCGGCCAAGAGCCUCCUGACGAUCCAAGAAGUGGAUGAGUUCCUUACCCAGCUUUCUAAACUCUCCAAAGAGGACGAGCAGCAAAGCCUGCUACUGGAGGUUUCAAAAAGGUGCACCGGCAACGACUUGAAGUGCAUUGUCAGGUUGAUCAAGCACGACUUGAAAAUGAACGCCGGUGCAAAGCACGUGCUCGACGCUUUGGACCCGAACGCUUACGAGGCCUUCAAAGCGUCACGCAACCUCCACGAUGUGGUGGAGAGGGUGCUGAGGAACCAGCAGGAGUCCCAGAAGGUGCCGGGCCUGAAGAGAACGCUCAGCGUGCAGGCCUCGCUGAUGACGCCCGUUCAGCCCAUGCUGGCGGAAGCCUGCAAGUCCAUUGAGUACGCCAUGAAGAAGUGUCCCAACGGGAUGUACUCGGAGAUCAAGUACGACGGGGAGCGGGUUCAGGUGCACAAGAAAGGGGAUCACUUCAGCUAUUUCAGCCGCAGCUUGAAACCCGUCCUUCCUCACAAGGUGGCCCAUUUCAAGGACUUCAUCCCCAAAGCUUUCCCGGGCGGACACAGCAUGAUCCUCGACGCAGAAGUUCUCCUGAUUGAUACCAAGACAGGGAAGCCGCUGCCUUUCGGGACCCUUGGGGUGCAUAAGAAAGCCGCCUUCCAAGACGCCAACGUCUGUCUCUUCGUCUUUGACUGCAUCUACUUCAAUGACGUCAGCCUGAUGGACAGGCCGCUCCGUGAACGGCGCAAGUUCCUCCACGACAACAUGGUGGAAAUACCCAACCGGAUCCUCUUCUCCGAGAUGAAGCAUGUCACGAAAGCUUCGGACCUGGCCGAUAUGAUCAAUCGCGUCAUCCGCGAGGGGCUGGAAGGAUUGGUGCUGAAAGACGUGAAGAGCAUUUACGAGCCAGGAAAACGCCACUGGCUCAAAGUGAAAAAGGAUUACCUGAACGAGGGAGCGAUGGCCGACACGGCGGAUCUGGUGGUCUUGGGGGCCUUCUACGGCCAAGGGAGCAAAGGCGGGAUGAUGUCCAUCUUCCUCAUGGGCUGCUACGAUCCCGACAGCCAGAAGUGGUGCACGGUGACCAAAUGCGCCGGCGGGCAUGACGACGCCACCCUUGCCCGGCUGCAGAAGGAGCUGGACAUGGUGAAGAUCAGCAAGGAGCCCGGUAAAAUUCCAGGUUGGCUAAAGAUAAACAAGAAUUAUUACCCAGACUUCGUGGUUCCAGACCCAAAGGCUGCGCCCGUCUGGGAGAUCACGGGCGCCGAGUUCUCUAAAGCGGAGGCCCACACCGCCGACGGCAUCUCCAUCCGCUUCCCCCGCUGCACGCGCAUCCGCGACGACAAGGACUGGUCCACGGCCACCACUCUGCCGCAGCUCCGGGAGCUGUACCAGCUGUCCAAAGAGAAGUCCGACUUCACUGUGGUCGCCACGGAGGAGGAGACCUCCACAGCCGGCAGCAGUGGGGAGAACGAGGGGCAGGGCAGCCGGGCGGCCACCCCCCGCAAGGCUACAAAGGUGCCCCCCGGCAAGUCACCUGCGAAAACCAAGAAGCCUGAAGCCAGCAAAGCAGUCGAAAGAUCCCCGCUGAAGAAAGCCGAGGAGAAGCGAGGAGAAAAAAGGAAGGCCGUUGAGGUGGAGGGAGAGAAGAGAAAGCAGACGCUGCUGGACAUAUUCACUGGGGUGAAACUUUACCUGCCGCCUUCGGUGGAGGGCUUCAGCAAAAUUAGGCGGUACUUCGUGGCCUACGACGGAGACCUGGUCCGCGAGUUUGACACCGCCUCGGCGACGCACGUGAUGGGGGACGCGGACGAGAACCCGGCUGCUCAGCAGGUCUCCCCUGACUGGGUCUGGGAAUGCAUUCGGAAAAGGAGGCUGGUCGCUCCUUGCUAGAUCACAUCCGGUCUGGUGCGAAGGCAUCGGAACGGCUCGGCUCGGCACUAGUCCUGGAGUAGCUUCCGAGGACUCUUGAACGACUGCUUUUUAAAACAACACAUCAACACCUUCUGGAAUGAAAGUAGUAUCUAUGAACAGCCAACGUGAGGAGGGAUUAACUGACACGGAGAUCAACUUAAUCACCACUGUUUUACUGUUCGUGUUUUUAUGAAUAAACGGGGACGGCACUCCUGCGAAAAA